GGGCAAGAAAGAGGAAGAAGUCAUGCAGCUGCUCGACCAGCUCAUCUUUUAUGAAGAGGCCACCAGCGGACAAGAAGAAGUUCAGAUUAAUGACUCGGCCAAGCUUCAGGAACUCAAUGAGGCUGGCAGGCUGGCUGUAACAGCUCACAGUCUAGCCGCUCACUUCACCACUUUAGAACCAGCGACGUUAGAAAGAGCUGCAGCAAAGCUCGACUCAGACUGCAAACUCUGGCUUUCCCGCCUGUUUAGGUUCAAAAACUCAGUGCCCGUUUACCAUGAUCGUCGAUACGAAGGGCUUGCACGCAUUGGCCAGCUAGCCCUCUAUACUAAAUACCCAAAAUAUGCAACGGAAGGGUUUGAGGCCCUGUACUCUCGUCCGCCUGUGAUAUACGUUAGUGCUGCUGCGCCACCUGGGUUAGGGCAGUAUUUAUGUCAACAGCUGGGACUGCCUCUGUCGUGUGCCUGUAAUGUGCCCUGUAACACUUUGUUUGGAGCCAGCAGUAAAAUGGAUGUGGCGUUGCUGGAAAAGUUGAUUCAAGAUGACAUUGCUGCUGCUAAGACUCCAGUGUUGAUUGUCGCUUAUGCAGGAACUCCCAUUGUAGGCCAUGUGGACAAUCUACAGAGGCUGCAAGAGAUCUCCAAAGCCAAUGGUAUAUGGCUGCAUGUGGAAGGGAACAAUCUGGCAACAUUGACCAUGUUUUCGGUGCCCACAUCUAUAGAAACAGCGACCUCAGGAGACAGUAUCACUCUAGAUCUCACCAGCUGGCUCGGAAUUCCUUCACUGCCUUAUAUUACUUUGUUUAAGGACUCUGACCGACUGCUGACCGAAGCCGCUGGUCUGACCACAGUUAAUGCUAAACUCCAGCUAAGGUGUCUCCCUCUGUGGAUGUGUCUACAGAGCCUUGGGCAUGAAGGCAUGGUUGCCAAGAUCAAGUUUUCCUGUGAACUGGCAAAGACAUUAUUUGACCACCUGGAUAAGAUUCCUACCAUAAAACAAGUAAGCCAUGAGAAAAAGAGACAUGACAAAGAAGUGAAAAAUGUUCGAGACCUUAUUUCAAAAGCAGUCAGUGCCUUGCUGGUGUUUGAGAUCAUGACCCCAACGGUGGUGUUCAGGUAUGUGGAAGAUGAGACCUCUCCAGGGGCUGUCAUUGCUCCCUACUCCAGCAUCAAGGUAGAAGAUCCUAAUGAGGAGAAGGAUGGCAUGUACUUUGAUGCUCUCAAUACAUGGCUGGCGGAGUCCUUACAGUCAUCAAACCCAAGAGUCCCUAUUGACCUGGUGGUGGUAGACAAGGAAGGUGUCUGUAUACGUUACGCUCCACUAGAGACUGCUCAAGUUUGGGGAACCACAAAAGAAGACAUUGAACAGUUUGCUGAGUCUCUUAAAUCAAACUUGGCUGUACUCAAUGCCACCACAGUGCAGAGAAAGAAGUUCAGGAGUAUAGUGUCUUCCUACGCCAACCUCAGACUGGUUGCUUUGGAUUCCUGGGCUGGCCUAGGAGCUGUCAGCUACAUCCCUCAGAUGUACUUGGACAGGCUGAGGGAACUCACAGACAAGGAGAAGAUUGACAUCAACAAUUUGAACUCUGAGCUUGUCCACAAACUUAAAGCUCAGGACACUGCUUUCUCUGCUGGUCAGACAGAUGAUGGCAUUGUCUGUGUCAGAUUUGGUCUCAUUACCUCAGAUACUGAUGUGGAGGAGUUAGUCUCUCUUGUUCACAGCAUGGGCACAGAAGUAGAGGAAAGUUCCAAGUUCCUGGAAUCCAUGUCUGAGCUAAUUAGGAAGGGAAUUGAAGAGGCAAAUAAUGAACUAAAAAAAGAGACUGCAGAUAAACUGAUGCAUGAGGGUGUCCUACGUCAAGUGCCUGUGGUUAGCUCCCUGUUAAACUGGUUUUCUCCUGCGAAAGAGCAGAUUAAGGGGAGAGCAUUCAAUCUGACUUCUGGGAAAAUAAUUCCAACAACAGACACAUACAAGUAUCAUAUGCAGAUCCAAGAAGACAGCUCAGCAACCCCUCAAUCUCCAUCAUCCAAGGAACUUCCUCAAAGUAAUGGUGGUCUAAACUCAACCAAAGGAACUCUUAAGCACUCCCGCCAAGAAACUGAGGCACCCAUCUCUCCAAAAGAGAUCAGCAAAACAGCAGCAGACGUGAAGGCAGAACUGACAAGCCAAGUAUCUUCUGGUUUACCAGUUGCAGCUGCACCACCACUACCUUCAUUGUCCCUGGAGAAAGAUGCAGAAGUCUUAUCACCACCUGAACAGGAGACUACCAAAGCUGGGGAAACCAGGACAGACAGUUAA